AUGACGAUGUCGAUCACGAGCGCCGCGAGCGUCGCCGGGCGCGCGACACGGCCACUCCUGCGCACCCUCGGUGCUCGCGCCAUGUCGACGUCGCAGGCCGAGGGCGCCUCCGAGUCCGCCGGUUCCGACAACUCUGGCCCGCGAUUCCAGCGCAACCGACGUGCCGGCUUCCGCCCGCGCUGGCAGGACGAGAACGGCGACGUGGCGUUCCAGCGCCGCCCCCGCCCCGUCGACAACCACUUCACGACGCGGCCGGAGCUCAUGACGAUCAUCGAGACGCUGCAGGCGGCCCUGCGCGAGGGCGAGGCCAAGCUCCGCCAGCAGUACAUCCUCCCCCUUCCCCGUGGACUGCCCAAGGUGCCCGUGCCGAAGUACAAGUGGCUGCCACGCGAGUCGCUCGCGUUCACGAUGCGCACCGACCAGGACUACGGCUAUCUCGUCGGUACGCUUGGUGCGCUCGCGCGCAUGCGCCAGAUCGCCAAGCUCGCGAACCAGCACGAUGUUGCGCAGCGCCUCGCCGAUGUCAUUGCGCCGUUCGAGCAGGGAGGCAUGGCCCGCAAGGCGCGGCAGGAGGAGGAGGCCGCGCUCGUCGCCGCGGCGGAGGGAAACCCUGUUGCCGAGGCCGACGCCGUUGCGGCGGGUAAGCACGCUGCGGCGUCGAGCGGAGUGACGCAGGUCGAGACGAAGCAGGGCGAGCAGAAGGACAAGAAGGUGAAGAAGGGCAAGCGGGACCUGGACGAGUACGGACGCGCGUACGCUAUCGGACGGAGGAAGACGUCGAGCGCUCGUGUGUGGCUCGUACCGACGCAGGCGCAGCGUUCGGUCCAGGACUCGCUGACGAAGCUGGACGCGGCGCAGAAGCAUCUCACGGCCUCCAAGGCGCGCGAGGCCAAGCUCGCCGACAAGGGCAGUGACGAGGAGCGGCGCUCGGCGCGCAUCGCGGUCGAGGAGGCGAACGAGGCCGUCGACGAGGCGGCCGAGACUUUCGCCCAGCUCCGCGACUCGACGGGCCCCCCUUCCUCCGAGAUCCUCGUCAACCACCUCCCCCUCCCCCAGUUCUUUGGCCAUGUCGACGACCGCGAAAAGGUCCUCCGCCCCCUCCGCCUCACGGGUCUGCUGGGAGCUUACAACGUCUUCGCCCUCGUCCGUGGAGGCGGCACGACGGGCCAGAAGGACGCCGUCGCCCUCGGCAUCGCGCGCGCACUCCAGAUCAUGCGCCCCGAGUCCCGCGAGGUCCUCUACAACGCCGGUCUGCUCUUCCGUGACGCCCGUAUCGUCGAGCGUAAGAAGACUAACCGUCCCAAGGCCCGCAAGCGCGUGAGUACAAGCUGGUUUGUCGAGAAGGUCAUAGCUAACGGAACAGUACACCUGGGUCAAGCGUUAAGUUUCUUAUUAUCCGCACCGAAUCUCAUCUCACAUGCAUUUCAUUGGACAGCUCAGUGCUGUGUGGCACUCGGCCGCCGGAAAGAGCACUCCGUCGCUGUCAGCGGUCAGCGGGAUACCCGAAAGCUCAACGAGGCUGAGACGGUUGAGUUAUUGCCUACUGCACUGACACACGGCCCAGGGAGCAGGCUUAGCGGCAUUGCUUCCUCUGAUCUCCCUCCAGGUUGUCGCCGAGAGCGCAAGCGGGGACGGACACAGCUCUGGAAGUUCUGA